GCGGGGGGCGCCUGGCGGCUGCGCCGCAGGUCCUCGCCGUCCGAACUCCGGCUGGGGGCGCGUCCUGCGUCUGGAAGCGAUUGGCUGGCGAGGCGCGCGCAGGGGCUGAGCUCCGCGCCGAGGCGGCCCCCUCGCCCAGCUUACAAAUGCCGCCCAGCCCGCGCGCCAAACUUCACUCCAACUCCGCCGCUGGGCGCUCUCGCGCUCUCCUCGAUGCGCGCCUGAGGUGGCCUCGCGCCCCUGCCUGCCUCUCCUCCCUCUGCGGUUGCUGUGGCCGAGGCGGCUGCCGGGGCUUGCGCUUCUUGGGGCAACUCCGGCGGCAGAGACAUGCCUCCGUCGUCGGCGCCGGCUGCUCCCUGGAAAAGCUUCACUCUGGCUUUGCUCUUAGCCACCGGCGGAGCGACUCCCUCGAGGCGGAGACCCCAGCUCUCCUUUCCUUCACUGAAGCAGAAAUGGGAAGAAUAUCGGCUCCAGUGUUUGGAGUAUCUCCAUGAAACACCCCCUCUUAUGGCAGAAGGCAAGUUCUGCAACAGGACAUUUGAUGAAUAUGCAUGCUGGCCUGAUGGUCUGCCUGGCACCUACGUGAACAUGAGCUGCCCUUGGUAUCUUCCAUCACCUAGCCCAGGGCAAGUUUACCGCUUCUGCACACUGGAGGGCACGUGGCUGCUGGAGGAAAAUUCCACCAUUCCAUGGAGGAACAUAUCUGAGUGUAUGGCUACUGAUGAAGACUCACCAGAAGGCCACAUGCUAUUCCUUUCUGCCAUCUAUACCACUGGAUAUGCCCUUUCCUUCUCGGCCCUUGUCAUAGCCACUGGCAUCCUUCUGGGGUUCAGGCAUCUGCACUGCACCAGGAACUACAUUCACUUGAACCUUUUCACCUCAUUUAUCCUCCGUGCUAUAUCCAUCUUCAUUAAAGACUCCGUGAUAACUUGGAUGUAUAGGACAGCCCCUCGUGAACAGCAGUGGGAGAGUUUAUUCUCUUAUCAGGAGUCACUUAGUUGUCGCUUGGUCUUUGUGAUGAUGCAGUAUUGUGUGAUUGCCAACUACUAUUGGCUGUUGGUGGAGGGAAUGUACUUAUAUACGCUGCUAGCACUAUCUGUUUUUUCUGAGCAGAGAAUCUUUCGGCUCUACCUUUUUGUUGGCUGGGGUGUGCCAAUGCUGUUUGUUAUCCCCUGGGGAAUUGUCAAGUACCUUUAUGAAGAUGUGGGCUGCUGGAACAAGAAUCUUAACAUGAACUACUGGCUGAUCAUCAGGGUGCCCAUCCUUGUUGCUAUAGGGGUAAAUUUCCUGAUCUUUAUCAGGGUUAUUUGCAUCAUCAUUUCUAAGCUGCAAGCCAACCUGUUGCGCAAAACUGACAUAAAAUGCAGAUUGGCCAAAUCUACGCUAACUCUGAUUCCACUGUUGGGGACCCACGAGAUUGUAUUUGCUUACAUUACUGAUGAGCAUGCCCAAGGAACAUUGCGCUUUGUGAAGCUCCUUUUUGAACUCUCCUUCUCUUCCUUUCAGGGUCUUCUGGUUGCAAUUCUCUACUGUUUUAACAACAGUGAGGUUCGGACAGAAUUUCAGAAAAGCUGGGAGCGCUGGCGACUAGAGCACUUUUAUGUCCGCAGAGACAGCAACAUGAAGCCUCUCAAGUACCCAGCCAACAGUAUAAGCAGCGGAGGUACCCUGGGGAGCACAGUCUAUGCUGCCACUUUCCAGGCUACAUUCAGCUAAGAUUUCUGUGGAGCCUAGUGCAGAGGAGUCUGACCAACUAACAUGAACUGUAGGAGGUACAAUCGAAUCCCCUUGAAUAUCCAGCCAGCCAGAUUGCAUGAGGCCUUUGGAAGACUUGAACCUCCCUCAUUCAUGGCUGCAGGCAGCUGGACAAGCUUUCAAAAUAAAGCAGCCACCUAAUAUAACCAAUACAUUUGAGGGGAGGACAUGCUCUUUAAAGUAAGCUUAAAGCAUUUCUUCUCAAUAUCAGAGGCCUCCAGGUGCCCAAAGCCUAUAAACACUGUGUUGAUGCUGUCACAAAGCGUAAAGGUAAUCAUUUAUUAGCGUGGGUAGACAGGUUGACAGCUUUUCUGAUUAAAUUACAAGGAUGCAGCUGAUCAUUACAAACAAGAAAAAGCUCCCAUUGGGAAAAAUGGGAGAUUAAACUUUUGCAUGGUUACAAAGAAACAGUCACCAUAAUCUGUAGAAGCAUUUCAAGCCUUUCCAAGUGGUAGCUUUCUUAAACACCCAAUAUGCAGUCACUUGACUUGGGUGUUCCAGGCAUUUCCACAAAUGGGACUUUUGUGUCCCCCUCUAACCACACUGCAAGAAUAGUAUAUUUGCUGCAGUUUUGAAUGUUACAUGUGGUGUCGUGGACACCUAAUGGCCAGUGCCAGUGACGUUAUUUGCAAUGAACGGUUAUUCAUCUCUUCACUCCUACGGCACAGUAAGACGUAGUUUACUUUUUGUUGCGUGAGGUGUUCUCUGUUUUAUGGUAAUGUGUACAAUUAAAAAUGGGAAAGAUUAUUUAACAAAUAACCAUUUUACACCCUUAUGCUUUCACAUACCUCUUUUUUAAAAAAUAGCGCAUGCUGUACAUUUCUUCUCUGCAGCAUUGGAUUCUAUCCCUCAUUUUUGUAAAAAACAGCAGCAUAGUAAACCUGAUAAACAGGCAAUUUCUAUGUGGCAGAGCAAUCCUCUACUGACCCCAGCAGGACUAUUCUACUCAUCCACUGCUUGGGGACAGCAUAUAGUACUGGUGACUGGAUCCACCUACUAUUUCAUCAUUUGAAAAGGCUUGAAUUGUUCUUGUGCCAUUCAGAUAAAUUUUUGCUGGUACGUCCAUGAUUGAAGUAUAUGAAUACUGGAGAUUUGAUGUUGCCUUUGGUUGCAUGCUCUCAAACAUGUUAAAGAGUAAUUUCUCUCUCGGAGAAACUUAAAUCUAUGUGCAGAUGAUGGUUCUUUUCCAGGUGAUGAAUGCACACACUUUCUGCUGUCAUUAGUGGGGUUUUUUAAAUGCCCAGUCUUACCACUCUCAUAGCCCUUUACUGCUUCAGAAGGCUGCACAAAUAUUACUAUGAACCAAAGUAAUUAGUGGCUUUCUGGAAUUGAGUAUUUGACAGGGAACAACGUUUUAUUCUCUGCCUCCUGUAGGUAUAGAAGCGGAUAAACAGGAACAUGGGAGAAAAUAAUACCCUUUAUAACAUCUAUGGAGACACAAAUGUAGAAUUUAGUAUUUUAGAACUUUAAUCAUUUGUUCACAGGAGUCCUGAACUUUAGCAUAGGUUUUUCUAUGCCUUGCUCUUUUUCUUUCCUUUUCAAGUGUCUUAUAGCUACAGGGCUCUUUUAUGCUAGAUGUUGAAAACAAAAACAAGCUGAUUCAGGAGCUAUAUUUUCAGCACUUUGGCCAGCUCACUCUUCUAUGCUACAGCCAGCUGGAUUUCUUGCUUGUCAAUAAGCCUUUAGAAUCUUAAAAAUUAUGUAGACUGCUCAGCAGGAAUGAAUUAAAAAUAUAUAAAUCCAAUUUGCCUUCUCAGUAAAUCCAAUUCAAGUUGCCAGUCAUUCCUAGAACGUUUGAUUGCAUACAGAGAAACUCUGGUUUCAGAGAUCAUCAUAUAUUAAUUACCUUAUUGGUAGUAAUAGUGUGCACUGCAGCACCGAGUUGAAGUACAUUUGAAUCUUGUCAUCUCCUCUAAAAACAUAUUGCAUGAUACUAUUGUGGCCGUUCUGGACUGGACCUUGGAUUUACCAGAAUCUGAAAGGUUCUGCUGUGGGCCCAGGAGACUGUCCCUGUGUUGUGAUGAGCAUGCAUAGAAAUCUCUAUGGUUGUGUACUGUGAUGCCAUAAUUGGCCUUGCAAGCUGCAUCCGUAUAUACUGUGUGCACCUAACAGUAGAGAAACCUUCACCAACGUGGUAAUCCAGGACAGUCAAUGUGGUAGAUUCCAGAUGUUGUGGACUGUACCUUCUGGCAGCCUCAGCCAGCAUACAAAUGGUCGGGGGGCAAUGCAAUUGUAGCCCAACAACUUCUAAGAGCAGCACAUUGGCUGCCCCUGCUCUAAGCCAUGCUGGACACGCCGCCUUCGCUGGAGUGAUGCUUUUAUACUAUUACACU